GACAGCAACCAAGAAGUCUGUCAGUAGCCGAGGUAGAGGCAAGAAGAACCCAUCUAUGCCAUCAUCCUCACCUUCAUCCUCACCGCCAUCGUCUAAAGCAGCCGAUUCACUUCCUCAUGAUAUCCCUGCUGUGCCCCAUACCGGCCGCUCGCAAUCACCAUGCUCUCCAUCUCGUCCUUCCGAUGAUGGUUUCCGUGCCUCCCGUGCCUCUUCUGUUGACUCAGUUGCUGCAUCUGUUGCCUGAAGCUCUUUGCUCCCUGUCAGUAAAGAUGAGGAGCUCAUGCUUGAAUUCCUCCAAGACAAUCCUGUCCUCUGGAACAUGAAGUUGACGAACUACAGGAGGACUGACAAGACAAACAAGAUAUGGGAUGACCAGGCACAGCAGAUGGGCAAGAACUCCUCAGGGGAUGGUUUAAGUCACUCAGAGACAACCACACACGCCUUGACAGGAAGAAGAGUGGAGAUGGUGCCCCUGAGCUCACUGAGAGGGAAGAGUGGAUCAUGGCAAAGUUUGGAUUCCUGAAAACCGUCAUCCGACACCGUCCUGAGCCUUGCAAAAGUGUGAAGGCCACUAUUGACUCACUUGUCGGAGACCUAGGUGCUGCUGAGGCUGCCUGUGCCGAGCGGCAAAUUGGUCCAAAGGAGGCUGACAUCAUCCAUACCAUCCCUUCAGCCUCACGGCGCAAGCGGGAUGACAACGGCGCUGUCCUGGAAUCCCUCCAGAAGAGAGUGCACGAGUCUGGUGAGAUCCUCAAAGGCCUCAGCGAUGCACACCAGCAGCCACCUACGUCCGUGAAAGCUUGAUCAGCAUGUCCAAGCCCAAGUUCAGGAAGCCAAGAUCAGCUAUCAACAAGAUACUGUCGCGGUCGAUGGAGGAGGACAGUGAUGAUGACAUCCCAAGUUACAUGGGAGGCCCCGCCAUGCCUGAACCACUACCUCACAGCUCGACACCAUCCUCGUAUUCUGUCUCAUCACCAUCCUGAGAUGUAUCAACCACCUCCCCCACAUGUGGAGACACAAGGCACCACCUGCUUCAGUCUGGGGUUCACAGACACAUGAACACAUGCAGCAAACAAUGCAGUAUCAGCAGCGUUUUGCUCCGAAAAUGAUGCCCCCUCCUCCCUCUACCUGCAAACCAGCAGCAGCAACAAUAGCAUCAUCAGCACACUUCCACCUCGGUGUCUGCGGCUUUGGGAUCGGCUGACCAGAGCUCAACCCCCCUUCAAGACAGCCCUAACCUUUCGACCAUGUCCAA